AUGGCAUUGCUCUUGAGAUGUCAUUUAUUGAUCUUGUCUCUCAGUACAUGCCUCAUCCUUACUGUUCAGGCAGAAUGUAGCAAGGAUUGUGCAUCCUGUACCCAACGAUUGGCAUACCAUGCCGACAUUAACCCCCUGGCAUGUACACUAGAAUGUGAGGGAAAGCUGCCCUCUGCCAAAGCUUGGGAAACCUGCAAGGAACUCCUUCAAAUUAAUAAACUGGAACUUUCCCAGGAAGGCAAUGGUGCCCUAGCAGACAACCCAAAACAGGAUGAGAGUCAUUUAUUAGCCAAAAAAUACGGUGGGUUCAUGAAGAGAUAUGGGGGCUUCAUGAAAAAGAUGGAUGAGCUUUAUCACAUAGAACCAGAGGAGGAACCUAAUGUGGGAGAAAUCCUUGCUAAAAGAUAUGGAGGGUUUAUGAAAAAGGACUCAGAUGAUGAUACCUUGGCUAACUCUUCCGAUCUGCUGAAGGAGCUUCUCGGAACAGGAGAAAAUGCUGACAUUGGGCAUUAUCGGGACCUGAAUGAUAAUGAUGGUGAGGUCAUCAAGAGAUAUGGUGGUUUCAUGAGCAGCAUAAAGCGCAGCCCAGAACUGGAAGAUGAUGCCAAAGAGCUGCAAAAGAGAUAUGGUGGCUUCAUGAGAAGAGUGGGAAGGCCAGAAUGGUGGCUGGACUACCAGAAACGAUAUGGAGGAUUUCUUAAGCGCUUUGCUGAAUCUCUUCUUCCUUCAGAUGAAGAUGGUGAAAGUUAUUCCAAAGAGGUUCCAGAGAUGGAAAAGAGAUAUGGUGGAUUUAUGAGAUUUUAA